UUCCCUGUCUUAUUCCCUGCCAUCGCUGUGAAAAAUCUGCAAGAGAAUAUCGCCACUGUCACCAUUUGAUCAGGCAAGAGAGCCCCCGACAUGUGCGUGGAUCCGCGCGGAUAUACGAUGUCAGGAUGGCGGAUCCCAAGACUUACGGCAGGGGGGAAAAACGUAUGAGCGCCCUGCUUACGGUCUCCGUCCCCGAUUAUGGCUCCUGAUGUUACGCGAUCAUGCUGUUCCGCACAGUCGACUGCAAAUCGCAUCCGAGGCUCACAUGUUGUGUAAAGACAUGCUAGACAACUUUUAUCGGUUUCAAUUAGGCGACGAGAAGUUUACUAAAUAGAGUGGCUCAAUCGAUAAUGUGUAACCUAUCGGAGCAUCGGAGCAAUGUAGUUCAUGAAGUGGAGGCUUACCUGUUUUUGUUACUCAUGUAGUACGUACGAAAAGUAGCUGGAGAUUGAGAUACAAAUGAAGUGAAAUUAUGGAACGAUUCAUUUAGGUUUCCUUGUUUUCUAUUGUUGCUAGCAUUACCAGAGCUCAAUUAAGUAACUCGUAUAACUAUGUCCGCAAUGCGGACCUAUUCUUUUUAUGAAAAUAUGCAAAGUUAGCUCAUCUGCACGUGACAGCAACAACAACAACAACAACAUUGUGCGUCAUUACCAAACGGGAAUGAUGUCAUUGAUUCUUCAAAUAAAUCCCGUUCCACACUGUACCUCGCCAGUCUCCGUCUAAAAGAUGGCUGCAUUUAGAGAAAUAUUUGCACUCUUUGCAGUUUUCUUGGUGUCUUGUCCAAUUCCAACGUCUUUAACUCCAUCUCCUGGAUUAAUUUCCAAAAACUACGCUCAGAUCGCACGGCAAUUUGGCUUUCCAUUUCCGAGGCUUCCAAAUAUUUCUUUCGCGAACGUCGGCAAGCAGUGCAAAGAAACUGUGGAGAAGCUGAGUACUUCUCCUCUUGCUUAUUCUUAUCUAGAUGCUAUUGGCAAACCUCAAAGUGGACUUUUUAUUGGCAAUGUUGGCUGGUUAGGAUCCUACAGUGAGUGCACUAAGUCCAUUGUAAAUGCUCAUUAUUGCUUGGCUUAUAUCAAAGUUCCUGCUGUCAAUAUCACUGAGUUAUUGCCUAUUCAUUGGGGGAUCUGUGCACCUAAACAGUGUAGUGAAGAGGAUGUAACUAACACUCUGCAAGAUAUCUUUACAGGAUUCAACAAAGAAUACAAUAGAACACUGGCAAAAUCAAAAGUCACAAUCAAAAUGCAAGAACUGAUCAGUAAACAAAUUAGAAACAAGGAAGAGCAUGAGAGCAUGUGUGAAGAACAGCUCCCAAAGAUACUGUCUGUUGUCUGUCAAUCAUCAGUCAGUCUACAUCGUGUCAGCUGA